GUUGGGAUGGGCUUGCUUUGUCAUAUGCAGGACAAAGUUGUAGCGCUCUCUCUCUUUUUUUUAUAACUAUAUUGGAUUGCAAUCUAUCAAGUUUUGAGAAAUAGUAAAGCCAUUCCAGUCACUCUUUACUGAGUCAUAAUAACUUCAAUUUCUUUCUGAAAAAAAGAUUCUUUUUAUGAAAAAAGCUGCUGCAUACUAAUCUUCUUAUCAACAGAAUAAAGGAUAAGAUGAGCCAAUUGGAAGGAGAAAUUUUCCAUAGCUAGAUCAAUAUUAAAGGGAGUGUUCUAAAAAGUCUCAUGUAAUGCUUUGGGCUCUAGAAAAUUGUUCAAUCUUAGGCAGGGAAAUGUCUCAAGAAGAGUUGCACUUCUUAUGGACUCCAAAAAAGUUCAAAUUUUACACUCUUGAAGUUAGUUUGUUUAAUGAUCUCAUCUCCGAGUCCUUUUAUAUUUGCAGAUAUAAACCCAGUGAGGAGACGUUGCUACAGAUUGAUCGAUUUUGUGUAAGUAUAAUUGCUGAGUGUGGUGUGAGCAUUAACCGUAAAUUGGCUCCAUGGUCGCGUUCUUUGAGUCAACAAUCUGGGAUGCCAACACCCUCUAAAAAUAUCUCUCUUUUACCCGUGUCAAGUUCUGCAUCUGGGGAACUUGUAAAAUCCUUAAAUUAUGUUCGUUCUCUAGUGGCUCAGUAUAUGCCAAAGCGGUUGUUUCAAUCAGCAGUUUUUGCUGGAGCCCCUCCUGCAUCAAGGCAAUCACUUCCAGCAUUGUCAUCUAUAUUAAGCAGAUCGUUCAAUUCACAAUUCAGCCCUGCAAAUAGUAAGGAUGCUAUAGACAACAAAGAGACAUCUAUUACAUCUGUUUCAGACUCCCCAGUUGCUGAAGAAGUUGAUGAAAUGGAAGAUCAAGAGUUCAUAGCUCUUGAUCUUUUCAGAUGGCGCUGGUUUGGUGACCAGCAAUUGUCAGAUCUCUUGCCCAAAAGCGAGCACAUUCCGAAUCCCCAAGAUGGACGAACUCAUAAUUUCCUAGAAGUAGGUGCAGCAGCUCUUCUUGUAGGGGAUAUGGACCCCAAAAUGAAGGUUGAAGCUUGGAAAUUUUUUGGGAGAGCAGAUAUGCCUUAUCUCGAUCAGCUGUUGCAGCCAUCAUUGCUCACGACCGUUACCAACUCUGCCUCUGCUCGGGCCCAUUUAAGAGCAAUAACAGCACUGAAACGGUCUAAAACAGGGCCCAAUCAAAUUUGGGAAGAUUCUCCUUUGAGCAACUUUCGUCCUCGCGUGAAACCACUGUUCCAAUAUCGUCAUUACAGUGAGCAACAACCCUUGCGAUUGAAUCCUGUGGAGGUAUGUGAGGUUAUCGCUGCGGUGUGUGCAGAAACUCCUUCCACAAAUUCUAAUCUCAUGACAAUCUCAUCUAAGCUAAGCAACAACGGAAGGCCAUCCCUCGAUGUGGCUGUGAGCGUUCUUGUCAAACUUAUAAUUGACAUGUAUGUUUUGGAUUCUGAGACUGCUGCUCCUCUCACUUUAUCGAUACUCGAGGAUAUGCUAAAUUCUCCAAAAGUGAUGUCAAAGGCUCAAGCUUUUGAUUUAAUUUUGAACCUUGGGGUUCAUGCACAUUUAUUGGAGCCUCCAGCACCUGAUGACACCUCUGCAGUUGAAGAAGAGUAUUUGCAUGAAGAAUAUUUUGAAAAUGAAACUCUACUUUCUUCUCAAGGAAAGAGAAAAUCUGAUAAUUUUAAGAAAAUAGGGAAUUCGUUAGCUAUUGAUAAGUUUGAGAACUGGAUUUUGGGCAUUCUCUAUGAGGUUCUUCUUCAUCUUGUUCAGAUAGGAGAGAAAGAAGAAUCUGUCUGGGCUUCUGGCCUAAGUUGUUUACUCUAUUUUGUUUGCGAUAGAGGGAAAAUUCGAAGAAGCAGAUUACAAGGUCUUGAUAUUAAAGUGAGUAUUUCUACACCUUGUUUUGUUAUUAUCUGUGAGCAAAUAAGCUUUUAUAUUCGAUACAAUUUUCAAAUUAAUGUACUGACCGGGGUUUUAAAAUGCCUUUGGCUGGGCAAGACAACAAUGUCCAGCCUCAAGCCUUAUGACUCUAGGCUUGCUUAG